AUGAGCGAAUAUUAUCGGCGCGGGAGCCCCGAGAGCUCCCGGCGCAGGCGGCGGGAGAGACACGAACGCGACCAUGAGCAUGGAUAUGGUCAUGGCAACUCCUACCAACAUUCCCACGACGCAGCACCGCCUGCUGCCCCUCAGUACAUCCCAACCGGGUCCAUGCCUCAGACGCAUGAACGCGAUAAUGCCGACUCGAGCUCCAUGCUAUCCUCCUCCUCCACCUCCGAAUCUCUCCUAAACAUUUCAGCGCCCAAGUCGCGCGCCGCGGGCAUCCUCUCCUUCUUUACCUCUCCCGACCCAGCUGCACGCCGCAGAAAGUAUCGCAAAAAGAAGAAGCGAUUGCUGGGCUUUGGCAACUCGAGCUCCUCAUCUCUCGAAGAGGCGCUUGCAUACGGUCGGGGUUAUGUUGACAAGGAGCGACGCGAAGCCGCCGCGGCAGGGCGAACGCAUGCACAACCCACACAAUAUAGCCAAACACAAGAUCAGUUCUCACAGUCGCGACGGCAGGAACAUCAGCAUCAGCGAUAUGGCUCGCCGCCACGGGACCACCCAAGGGCAGCGGCGCCCCAUCGCGACAAGACGGACGAGGAAAUACAGGAAAUCGGGCGUCAACUCGCAAAGAUGGCCCGUGAUGGGAAUCGUGAAGACAUGUCCCGGAACGGUAGUCGCAGGGGCAUAUCGGGGUUGACGGCUGGAGCUGCCGCAGCCACUGCUGUUGCGGGUUACCGACGUUCCAAAUCCUCGGACAAACGUGAUCGGGGCAUCGGCUCAUCGAGGCCACAGCAGCACAGUGACUCUGGCGACGAGUCUGACUGGGAAACCUCAUCGGAGGAUGAAUACUCCAGUGAGGAUGUAGACCCCGGACUAGCUUACGGAGCUUCCAUCAUGAGUUUUCCCGUGUCUAGGCCGCCUCCCCCUGCCCAGAGACCCACGGAGAGCAGACCUAUGCCUGCAGACGCGCGGAAAAGUCAUGUCGUGGAUCCUCAAAUGUUUGGUCCUAUGAAUUCACUGCGCGGCCUUAUCAAUACCCCCUGCGGAUUUGACGAUCCAGUCCAGAAGCAAAACAGAGAAUCCGAGCCAAGACAGGAUAGACCAGUACCUUCGGUCGAGAGUGCCUCGUUUGAAGCUCGUCCCCUUCGUGAGGUGUAUCCUGUUCCAACUUCCGAUCCCGACAGAUUUGACAUAACGAGGGCUCAGUCAUCCAGCGACCCUCGCCCAGAUCCUGUGCCUAUCCAAGCACCAAAACCAAUAGUGCCGAUUUCAUCACGUGUCUAUGAUGCACAGGAUUACGCAAGAUCUGAACCUCGAGCAGAGCGCGAGCUUCGCAAACGCAAUUCCGACUCAUCUUUUGCCAAUGUCGCUCUCGCUGGACUGGCAGGUGUUGUCGGCCUUGGAGCGGCCGCGAAAGUCGCUUCCGAUUACAGGGAGAAGCGCGAUGACCAUCGUGAACAUGACAAGCCCAGAGAGGUAGAUUCACGACCAAAACGGACUCGCAGUGAGAAAACCACACGAGCCGACCAGGUUCCGGAUCAGGAUGAGAAGCGAGCGGACCGCCGUGAGAGUGACGAAUACAGGGAUGUAGAUGCACGACCGAAAUGCACUCGCAGCGAGAAGAUCACGCGAGCUGAUGAGGAAACUCGUGGUCAAGACGCUGCUCAUAGUGGACAUCGCUCCAAAGAUGAGCCUGCUGUGCCAGUGGAUGAUAGCAGGCGCCGACAAGCUGAACUCGAGGAAAAGAUUCGACGACUCGAGGCAAGUCUGCGUGAACAGACCAACAAGGACGCUCAGCCAGAGCCGCCAGCUCGUGACCGAGAUCAAGAUCGCGAGCGCAAACGUCGCGACAAAAAGCGUCGAUCUGUUGUUGUAGAGCAAGGCGAUGAAGCACAUGCUUCGUCAAAGCCUCCUGACAAAGACAGGUACGACGGUGAUGAGCCUAAGACGUCAAAGCGUAGCUCCAGGUCCUUUGGAUCCGCAGUUGCAUCCUCCUCGAAAUCACCCAUGGAACCCCUGGACUCUAGGGCAGCGGAUGAUGAUUUUCCUGCCCCAAUGAGCCAAAUUCCCAAUCGCCCUCUUACUCCCAUGAUUACUACGGUUGAGCGGGAGCCAGACUUUUCCAAGUUUGAUGCAAUUGUCCAUGAUCAGCCUAGAGGACCUCCUGCCGAUGCACCCAGCGAGCGACUCAGCCGCUGGGAUUCUUUCGACAGAGAGGGUCACGAUGCGAAGGAGCUUGACAACAAGGAUGCCCGUGAAGCUGCAGAACACUCAACAGAUCCUCUUCCUGAGGCGGCAAUUGCAGCUGCCGCCGCCGUUCUUGCACGACAUGGGCAUAGAGGCAAAGGCAUGCGCAGGUCGGAGCCCCAGCCGAAACGGUCGCGUUCGGAAGAGAGAGAUGCAGUCCAAGAGGAAGCAGACCGGCACUAUCGCCAGAGUGUGCUGGCGCGUAAGAUAGCAGAGGAUCAAAUCCGCUCUCGGAGUGCAUCUCCUGAUAACUCGCCGGUGGAUGGGCAUGACGAAGACCCGAUAAUCCGCAUUGUCACGCCGCCCGAAAUGCAUCGUCACGAGAAAGGCAAAUUCGAGGCUCCGAAUGCCGAUGUACGUAUCGACAACAUCAUCGAACCCAAAGAUUUGGAACAAUACCGCCUCCCCCGCGGCGCGCAUCUUGGAGAUCCGUCCACCUUGCCGGUUUUCAAGUCCAGGGAUCCUUCUGCUGAGCGCGAGCGACCAAUGCUCAACCUAGUUCGACCGACUCCGGCCGUCUCACCGAUUCCCUCUCCUUCGCCGGAAGAACAGCAGCCUAGAGCACCUCCGGUCGCACCUGAGAACGUAUCGACCGAAGAGCUGAAGUCAGCAUCUGAUGUGAUUAUAGGCCCCCGUGGUGAGAUAAUUAAUGUCGAGCCGCGCGAGAAGUCAGCUCUGUCAGACGAGGAUAAACCCAUCGACAGGAAACCCGAGGUUUCCGAGUCGUCAUCCGGCAAGAAAAAGAAGAAGACGAAGGGCAGUGCCUGGGGUAGCGUUCUUGCCGGAAUUGCAGGAGCAGGUGCCGCCACCGCUAUAGCUGCAGCUGCUGAGGAUGCAUCAAAAACGACUCCUGCGUCAGAAGAAGAUGAUAGGCAGGAACGUGCCAUGCCUGGAGCUUUUGAAAGCAGUGAAGCCUCGGCAGAUCGUGAUGAGACGACAUCGAGAAGAUCACGGAAGGGCAAGGGAAAACAACAGGUCUGGGACGAUGAACCGCCGUCUCCUGGACCAAAACCCGCCAGCCCCAGCACAUCUCAAACCCAAGGUGCAUUUGCGGAUGACUUGGACUUCGCAGCCACCUUGGCAGCAGGCUUGCAAGAUAGCGGCUUCGAUCCCAAUAUUGUCAUUGAUGACCCUGUGUAUAGGAGACGAGACUCACCUCCGGGCAGCAGUGAACCUUUGGAAGAAACGUACAAGAACUCAUUUCCCGAGGUGGUCCCGGACCUUGACCCAAACUUUGCCAACCCAGUCGUACCUCGGUCAUCGUCUGGGCCGAGCACCGUCAUCGAGAUCCCACGCUCCGAUCCUGUCCCUGAUGCCACUGAAACCUUCAAGGAUGUACAGGAGGAGGAAGAGACCCCACGCAAACUCAGCAAGAAGGAGCGACGAAAGUUGAAGGAAGCCCAGAACAAGAAUCCCGACGAGUCUCUUGUUCUCGAAAGAGAGACCCCUCUGGUUGAAGCCGAACAGAAGCCACUGCCGCCUACCUUGGUAGAGGGCGAAUCCACAUUGGUUGAGAACGCCGAUACGCCUGCACAAGGCGAUUUCAACGCCGAGGAAGAGCCUGCAGCACCCUCAGGAAAGAAGAAAAAGAAGGCCAAAAAGGCGGCGCAAGCUGCUUCUGCAUGGCACAUCGUUGAAGAGCCUUCCAGGGAUCCAGUCGAUAUUUCGCCAGAAGUUGUCGCUGACAUCCCGAAAGAGACUGUUGAUGAAGGACAGCUUGGCUCGCGUGAUCAAACUGAAUACAGAGCCGAUGAAAUCAGGCCGAGCUACGGUGGCGAAAUCCCGAGCAUCAUUGCAGAGGACCCUUUUCCAGUCCAGGAAUCGGUCCCGCGUAACUUGAUUGAAGAUAGCGUCCCUACCUCCGACUAUGCCACGCCUGCCCAGGAGGCGGAACCUCCGAUGUCAUCUUAUGCCAGCACUCCAGCAGUCGAGGAUACAUUCGAUGCACCCUCCUCUAAAAAGAAAAAGAAGAAGGGCAAAAAGGGGGCCGAAAUUGAAGCUGCCGCUGACCCCUUCGUCGAACCCACGCAAGACGAAAGCAAUGAUGUAUCACGCGACAUGGCCGACGUCGCUAAUGCCAUCGGAGAGGAAAGCUCUGUUCCACAGGACCUGAUCGUGGAACCGCCGCUCGAUGACUCGGUGCCAGUCGUCGAGGAUGACAUGGCAGUAUCAACUGGGAAAAAGAAGAAAAAGAAGUCUAAAAAGGCGGCGGUGGUGGAAGCUGUAGGUGCCAGUGCUGCGAUUCCAAUCGUCCUGGCUGAAGACGCCCCCAAAGAAAUUGUUUCAGAGGCACCUCUGGAAAUCAACCAGGAGGCUUCCAAGGAAGCCAUGCCGGAGACGUCAACGGAAGCACCCGACAAGGUCUCGGACAUAGCCCCUAAGGAAGCUACGUCGGAGACGCCAACGGAAACACAUGACAAAGUCUUGGACGCAGCCCCUAAGGAAGCUACAUCGGAGAUGCCGAUGGAGGGUCUCGAGAAGGCUUCAGAGCUAGCCCCUGAAACGCAACCAAAGGACGUCGUUCACGCUCUCAAUUCGGAUGUCAAUACUGUCGAUAAUGCAGCAAAGGGUGCUGGUACUGAUGCCCCCAAGGACAUUGCCGAUGAAAGAUCGCCGGAUUCUACAGAGGCAACUGCUGUGGCUGGCGGCGAGGGAAUUGCAAACGAACAUGAUGCCCUUCCUGACACUUCUUCUGCAGCGGUUUUUGACCAAGGCGCCGAGAUGGGGCCAUCUUCUAAGAAGAAAAAGAAGAAGGGGAAGAAGAACGCCAUGGCUGCUGAGGAACCUCAACCAUCCAUACCUGUCGAAGCGGCUAUACCUACGGAAGAAGUGUCUGCGGCCCCUGUCGAUGAGAUCGUCACCACUCCUAGUGAUACCAAAAAGAUUGCUUCCAGUGAGCCCGAGGAGAUCACUUCAAGUGAAUCCAAGGAAAUCAGUUCUGGUGAGCUCAAAGAGGCAGUUCCAGGUGAUACCAAGGAGCCAGAUCCUGUAGUUAUCACGGAAACUAUCACAGAAGCUCUUCCUGACGAAUGGGCCAUGCCUGCGAUAACAUCAAAGAAAAAGGGCAAAAAGAGCAAAAAGUCUGCUGCGGUACUUGAAGCAGAGCCCUCUCCAGUGACCGAUUCUGGGACUAUCGCCGUGGAAGAGGCAGCGCAGGCGUCAAAAGAAGCCAUCAAACCUGCAGCUGAAGUUGGCGCGACUGAUGGAGUGGUCUCAUCGACGACCCCAGAGCUCAAACAGGUUGACUCGUUCGCGGAUAAUGAGCCGACCGGCACGCUCGCAACGGCUACUGAUGGCCCGGGUGGGGAGAUCAAGGAGACCUCUUUACCUGAAUCCGGCACUCUCCAGAUUGUUCAGGAUGACUUGGCUACGACAUUACCAGGCAAGAAAAACAAGAAAAAGAAAAAGAACAAGUCUACGUCUGCCCCAGGGGAAUAUGAGAUGACCAAUGUCGAGCCAUCGCAUCCGGAAAUGGUUGCCCAAGAGACUCCCACGCCUUCUGGACAAGACCCUUUGAUCGUAGGAACUGAGGCGGAUAAGCCCGAGGGCAAUCUCCAGCCCGAAGAUUCCGCUAUUGAAACCGAAGUGGAGGCCCCCGCUGUAGAAGCUGGUUUGAGCGGUCUUUCAGCAGAAACAUCCAAGAAGAAGGGAAAGAAGGGCAAAAAGUCGGCGCAGGACAACAGCACUGCCACUGCAGAACCAUUGACACCGACCACUGCUGAGCAAGACACGUCACAGCCAGAAGCUUUCGAAGAAAAUUGGGCCACACCUGCGUCGACAAAGGAGUUGAAGAAGGGCAAGAAAGACGACUCUUGGGCUUGGGAAGAGGAAACACCAGCGUGGGAGUCGGCUCCUGCCUUUGAAAUCAACCCCAAGGAUCAACCAGAGGCAGAACCCGAAGCUGACUGGACCGCACCAGCUACUACGAAAAAGGGAAAGAAGAACAAGAAGGCUGCUGCAGGCAAUGACGAUGCCCAGGGCGUCAGUGCGAGCCAAGACAAGUCUCUAGCAGCCCGAGAAAACGCCGAUGGUGCCAAAGAUGGAGAUGACAACACUGUAGUUGAAGAUGAUAACCAGGCACUCGAAACUGACUCGGGUGCAUCCAAGAAGUCCAAGAAGAAGUCCAAGAAAGGGGCUUCAACUCUCGAUUCUCCCAAGGAAAUUACUGCUCCAUCAGAAGCCUCGCCGAGUGGCACAGGCACAGACAACCACGGUAUGAAAGGUUUGGAUGACCCUGCUGAUACAGACGACAAUUUGGAGUUCUUCGAAGCAAAUCAGGAAGGAAAUCCGGCGGACAAUGGAGGCUGGGUUGAUGACGCUGAAGAUGUCAAGACUGUUGUGUCAGUUCCAGCCAAUUCUGACCAGAAGGCUGCAGACAAAGAGGAGAAACGUUCGAGCGGGGGUUUCUUCAGCUUCUGGAACCGCUCGUCAAACACUUCUGACAACAAAGGGACGCAAAACGAGGGCAAGGACAAGAGGCAUUCUUUUUUAGCUAAUGCCGGCACCAUUGGCGCUGGUGUCGGCCUGGCGGGGGCUGCGGCUGCGAUUGCCAGCCACGCCUCGCGUUCGAAUGCCACCUCCAAGACCAAGCAAGAUUCCAGUCCCUCCAGGUCUACGAGCUCACCAUCCCAGGACCAGGGCAGCUUUGAUCCCGAAAUAAUUGAGCGGGUCAUCAAGCCUGCUAUCGAUCCUCAAUUCGGAGACCUACUACCGCUGCCUCCCAGCGCACCAUCCUCUCCGACAACAGAGCUCCCCAGCGAGGAAGAUCUGCCUGCCCUGCCAGUCAGUCGUCCCGAGACACCUCCCGAGCAAGAGCGGAAAAUGCUCCGGGAAAAAUGGGCCUCGCGCCGUCGCAGCCAGCUUGAGACCCCGGUCAAGUCUCCAAGCUCCACUGCAGUUCCGAUACAGUUCCGCUUGCGGUCGGGACCGUCAUCACCUAGUAUUUUCACCAAGACUCCGCCCACGCAACCGCAGCCUACCAUUUUGGAACCCAGCAGCGCGUCAAGGCGGGUAUUGCGACCAAUGUCUUGGGACACCACUAGGGAAAUCAAGCCUCUGUAUCUGCCCGAGCAUGUGCGGUCUGGUUCCGCGGUUGAAAAUGACUUGCAACUCCCCGGGCUGCCUGAGAGCAGGCCAUCAACUUCAGGAGAUGCAGCUGGACCAAAGGAUCAAUCUUGGGCCGAGAGUGCAUAUGCAGGAUACAACCCCCUUGGCGCCACAUUGGAUAGUCCGCUCCAGAUUAACACUGGGGUUGUCCCAGCCUAUCAUCCAAGCGACCUUCUCGAAUCUGGGGAGGUUACUCCCAAAGCAGAGCAGGGCAUCAAACCUUCAGAUGGCCUAGUAUUGAGCGACACAGAGACGAGCGAUGUCUUCGAGGAUGCGGCCUCCCAGUUCAAUCCAUCGUCGGUCCAGAGCCCUGUGACAGAGACCCACGGUUUGGGCAUAUCGGUUAACGACGGAUUCGAUAGGCAACUGGAAAAUCCUCUGGGUUCGCCUCAAUCUCCGACUAAAGAAGGUGUCCAUGGAAGUUCGGCACUGUUUGGCGCCGUGGGCAUGGGGGCCAUCACCGCCGCGUUGAUGAGCCAUGCAGAUAGUCCCGAGAUUGAAGAGCUCAGCAGUGGUAUCAAGGCCUUGGACUUGAAGGAUGACAAGACAGAAAUCACCAAGGGUGAGGCGAGUGGAGUCACUGGUGAUGGUUUGUCGCAACCUGAGGAACUCAGCGAGACGCCUACAAAGAAGGGAAAGAAGGCCAAAAAGUCCAAAGGCAAGAAAGCAUCCAUGCCAGAUGCAACCGACUCGCCCAUACCUGAGGAGAAACCUUCUGAAGGAAGCGCUCCGACCGAGAGCUUACAAUCGUCAGAUCUGACAGAGAAGACGUCGCCAGACAUGCCCUCACCCGUCGCCGACUCCGCUGAUGCCUCUCAACUCGCAUCGACUUCUCCGCAGGAGGAAAUUGCAGAAUCAGGAAUUGCACUUGAGACCGAGCCUGUCUUGACAGACAUUGAGGACAAGGAAACCCAAAAUACAGACACUAUCAUUCUGAAUCCCGAUGUCCCUGAGCAGAAACAGGAGGAUCUUUCAAUUACGGAGCCAACCGUCACCUCGCAGAAGCCUCUGUCGGAGACCUUACAAACAGAAGACACCGAACAAAGUCGGAUUCGCGAUAAUGACCUCAAAGCAGAGCCUAUCACCACAGACCAACCCGAGACAACUGCCAAAGGAAAGAAGAAGAAAAAGAAGGGCAAAAAGGGUGCGGCGGCAGAACCAGAGGAAGUACCAUCUCAACAAGGCACCGAUUCGCUCGAAAAGCAGGAGACGCAUGAGGAUAAGGUCGAGCCAAAAACAGAGCCAUUACCCACAAUACACACUGGUGAAGGCUCAAAGGACGCUGGUUCACCACAGCCGCUGGCGCUGGACAGUGAAGCGCCUCCGGAUUCAUCCAAUAUCAUCAAGACAGGGGCUGUCCCUCUCGCGAUUGCGGCAAGCAUGGCAACUGCUUUGAUGCAGGAUGGGCCAGGAUCCACAGGGGUCUCGCAACCCGCAGACGAAAACGACAGGAUGCGGGACCUCGGGCCGUUGCAGGGUGGUAUAAGCGGUGAACCAAGACUCACCGACACCACUGCUGAACCCGACACUGCGGGCCAACAAACUGUGGAGCCUAGUGGAGAGUCUGGGGAUGUUGCUUCUGGGCCCGAUGCACAGAGCAAAUCAGUGGAUGCCACACCGGACAACAACAUCGACACCGCUACUUCACCACCUCAAGAUCCACUGGCCGCCUCGGCGCCGAUCCCUGUCUCGGAUGAAGCUGUCGAUGCCCACCUCCACGAUGGUGCGACCCCUGCAGCCGAUGAGCUCGGGUCGCAAGAAAGACGCGAUGCCGAGGAUGGAUUUGGCCUUAUGGGCGCGGCCGCGGAAGAUGCUAUCUCGGUUCCGCCAUCACAACCUGUCGAGACCUCUAGCGAGCCUGCUGCACAGCCAGAAGAGUCAAUGGGUCAGGAGCAAGAGACACGAUCAGGAAAGAAGAAGGGGAAGAAGGGCAGCAAGAAGAAGCAGGCCACCCGCGAGCCAUCACCGAUGAGAGAGGAGCCGGUCGCAGAGCCGGUCAUAGAAUUAGCAGCGGACGACGCCGACAAUGGCAAGUCACAUGCCAUUGAUCCCACGACUGAGCCAAGCACAGAUACGACCUCAACAGAGGUUGUUGAUGCCGGGGCAGGGGAGGUUGCUGCCACUGAGGGUCAGGCUGGCGAGGAAAUCUCGAUCCCGGGACCUUCUGCGAGCAAGUCCAAAAAGGACAAGAAAAAGAACAAAUCGGCAAACCGGGAUUUGCCCGGUGAGGAUGCACCGGCGGACCACCCCAUCGAGAGCACUAGCGCCACCAUCCCGCCCGUAGAUGAGGAAUCCCCAUCGCCGCUGGCUUCAACAGAGAAAAAGUCCAAGAAAGACAAGAAGAAAAAGAAAGGACUGUCAUUGGACGAUCAGGUUCCGCCGGCUGAGCCCCCCGCACCCCCUCAGGAUGCUCAAAUACCUGCUGAAACCUCAGAACCCCCGACCACUCUCCCGGAAACUGACGCAACCCCUCAAGAGGAGGACUUGUCAUCUGCUCCGGCUUCGUCGUCAGCUAACAAAAAGGGCAAGAAGGGCAAGAAAAAGAAAGCCUCUGCCCAACCUGACUUGAACGAAAAUCCUGAUGCAGGGGUCUCAGAAGUACCCUCGCAGAACAAGGAGCAGAAGGAAGGUUCUCAAGAUGGACCAGCUGCUGCGAUUGAGCCAUCCCAAGAGGCUGAACUUCCGCCAGCACAUAGCAGCAUUUCAGAUGCCGCAGAUGACCAAGGCACGGUUGAGAAGGGGCUCGACAAGGACGGAAAGUCGGAGCCCGCCCAGUCCACCGAGGUAUCGACCAUUUUAGCAGACCAGGCAGAUGUAUCACCACCCAUCGAUGACAAGAGGUCACCGGGCUCGCUUGACAGCCAAGAUGGUGUGACUUAUGAGGAAGUCAAAAACACGGCAGAAGCUGAAGCACCAUCUGUGGAUACCUCGCAUCAGCCAACAUCUGAUCAGGGCCAGGUCUCAAAGACGGCUGAAAGCGAAACCCCAGUCACAAAUGAUGGCAGCAGCUCGUCUAAUGCAACUGCAGGCGAACUAGAGAAGCCUGGACCGGAACAAGACCAAAACCCUCAGUUGACGCCAUCUGCGCAAGAGCAACCAGAAACUAUGGUUGAGCCUCAAGACGAGUCGGCCACCCCUGUCAAGAAAGGCAAGAAAGGAAAGAAGGGCAAGAAGCAGACGGUGGAACCUGCGACGGUGGAACCUGCGACGGAAAACGACACAUCUGUCCCAGUCAGCCUGGUACAGGAUUCUGCACCCCUCGUCAUUGAGCCGGAAGUCGUCACGUUGGAUACGAAUGACAACACUGAUGCACACGUUUCCUCGACCAAGAAGUCAAAAAAGAGUAAAAAGAAGGAUAUUAUUCUCUCGGACGAGCUUUCCGAGAAUAAAAAGCCCGAGGAACUUAUAGCGGAUGUCUCGGCGGACGCAAUAGCGGAACCACACAAUGCCGAGAAGCCGCCAGUUACUUCAGAGUCCUUUACUCAUACAUUGACAGCGCCGGAACCGGAAGUGCUCGUCGGCACAGACUCUGCAAAAGCACCUCAAGACCCUAGUGCCAACACCGAAACCCUAUCGAUCGAGCCAAACGUCAAAUCCUUGAUUGAGGGUGACAGCAAGGCCCACGAAUCAGAUUCGGCGGAGAUCUCAACCGACAAGAGCAAAGACUUGCCUGUGCAGGAGGAAAGUCAAGUCCCUGAGAACACAGUGGAUGUUGUCGUGGCGGAGGAGCAGCUUCCGGCGACCACUAAAAAGUCCAAGAAAGACAAGAAGAAUAAAAAGGGAAAGGAAUCAGAUGAGCAAGCCCUGCCAGUUGCAAGCGACGAACAAGUUGUCCCGUCAGUCGAGAAAGAUGAUUCUGGGGUUGCAGAAACCGCCAAAAUAGAGGCUACUUUGGAUCAGUCGCAACCAAGCGAUUCAGCCCCGGUUGACGCGCCCACACUCGUUGAACCACCCAAAGAGGAGCCUGCUGAUACUCCUGUGAAGAAGUCCAAAAAGGACAAGAAGAAGAAAAAGUCUGCUGUCGCCGAUGACGGGAAAGAUGUGGCUAUAUCGCAAGCUGAACCAUCUGAGAGUCUCCCGGCUCUAGAGCCCGAACCUUCGACAACGGAUGACUCUUCGACCAAGGUUGCCGAGGUGCCUACAGAGUCCGCUCCAGACUCCACGCCAGCAAGCGAUCAAGUUAUGGAACCUGCCGAUUCGCUCCCAGACGCAAAAGACGAUGUAGAGACCUCGACCGCACAAGAUGCUCCCGAACGCACGGACAAGGACCCUGUUUCUAGCGAGAACCCCGAUGCUGUUUCUCCACUUCCUACAGAUGGUGACUUUAACAAAACCAUUUCGAAGGAGCUCGACUUGGGCAGUUUUGCAGACACCCCUGCAGAUGAAUUGCCAGAAAAGGCUGUCACGAAGAAGUCAAAAAAGAGCAAGAAACAAAAGAAACAAGCCGAGGCUUCGGAACUUGAUCCGGAAUCGCAGUCGCAAACCCAAGCACAGGAAUCGCAGCCAAGCCUACCGGAGGACCAUCAACCAACUGAAGAAAAAGCUCUGGAAGAAGCCGCGGAUGUCCCAGUCGCCACCGAGCCGGAAAUUGUUGAUUCCGCUGCCGCUUCUGGAGCCCAAGAGGCAACACCAGAGGACUUUGCGCCUGCAAAGAAGGUCAAAAAGGGCAAGAAAAACAAAGCAGUAGCAUGGGAAGAACCUAUACAGGAGCCCUCGAGCCAGAUAGUGGGUUCAAAUGACACUUCGGUCAAAAAAGAUACCGGUCUUUCCCCUGUUGUUGAGCCAGAAUCAGUCGGCUCAACCACUCCUGAAGCACAAGUCAACACGAUUCCUGAAGAUACUGUUUCGACCAAUGAAACCGCACUGCCUGACAAAAACGAACCAGCCUCUGCCGUGCCGCCCAACGAGCCUCCUACGGUCGAACCCGCCAUUCAACCGGCUGUGGGAGACAGUUCAGGAAGUCCCGUGCCAGACUCGCAAGAGACCACCCAGCCGGACGCCAAGGCAUCUGAAGAACCCGAGGUCGUUGUUGGUAAAAAGUCCAAGAAAGACAAGAAGAAGAAAAAGCAGGCCGCCAAGGAACAGAAGGAGGAGGCUGAAAAGGAUGCUGCUACUUCCGAGCCGGUUCCCGAACCCAGCUUGGCACAAGAAACUGAUCAUUCCCUAGUGGCUGGACUCGCGCCCCCAGCAGUACCCGCAGUACCCACCAUGGCACAAGCAGCCGAUUCCUUCCAAAUGGGUGAAACUGUGCCCCCAGAAGCACCCGCAGAACCCAUCUCGGCACAGGAGACUGAUGUUCCCCAAGCAGCUGAAGCUGUGCCCCCAGAAGCACCCGCAGAACCCAUCUCGGCACAGGAGACUGAUGUUCCCCAAGCAGCUGAAGCUGUGCCCCCAGAAGCACCCGCAGAACCCAUCUCGGCACAGGAGACUGAUGUUCCCCAAGCAGCUGAAGCUGUGCCCCCAGAAGCGCCCGCAGAACCCAAGAUGGCACAAGCAGCCGAUUCCUCCAAAGUGGUUAAGGCUGUGUCUGCAGAAACAGCUGCUGAGACCUCAGAAAAAGAACCCAAAAAGAAGUCCAAGAAAGACAAGAAGAAAAAGGGCUUGCUAGCAGUUUCUGAGGGGACUCCAGAGAAACAGCCUGUGCCGUCUCCAUUGUCAGAUGCUGGCCAGAGCAUCAGUCAAGUUAUAAAUGCAAAGGAUGGGGCAGAGGCCACCCCGGAACCUGUGGGCAACCCAGAACCUGUCGCCAACCCGGAGCCUGUCCCCAACACGGAGCCUGUCCCCAACACGGAACCUGUGGACAACCCAGAACCUGUCGCCAACUCGGAACCUGCGGCCGACAAGGAGUCAGAACCUACAAAGAAGUCCAAAAAAGAGAGGCGAAAAUCCAAGCGAGAUGAACUGGCUCAGAGCGCAUCUCUGAACGUCUCCGAACCCAAGGACUUGGAUCAAGUCACGGCUACGAGUGGUUCGCUAGAAAGCAGCCAGAACGAUGCUUUGUCCCAGAACGUCGCAGAUCCGGUGUUGACCUCAGAAACACCGCAACAACACCAAGAGGGCCAAACCGAACAAGAGCAAUCAACUAUCGAGCCUUCGACACGCGAGGAAUCUGUCGACAAGACCGUAGAGAAAGAGCCUGCAGUGGCAAGCGAUGCUAUUGAGAGCUCCGGUACAAGCGACGGUCUGAAAGGAGCGCUAGCAGCAGCAGGUAUAGGCGCCACGCUCGGCUCAGCUGCUACAGCCUUGAUGUCUUCUGGCUCUCCUCCUGAAGAGUCCCAGGUCUCGAAGAAGAAGUCGAAAAAAGACAAGAAGCGUAAAGAUGCGAAGCUUGCGGACUUGGAGGCUGGGCCUGAACUUCCUGCAACCCCUACUGAUGACGUUUUGACUGCACGCGAACUGACCUCAGAAAAGCCCGACGAGCCCUCUUCAGAACUCGUAACAGAUAUUCAACCCACCGACACCUUGAUCCCAGAUGAUAGUGGUGAGACCACAAGCACAUCCGCUCCUAGGGAGGUUGAGGAGAAGCCGACAGAACUCGAAGCCACCGCGGAGACUCCGUUGGCUACCGAGAUGGCUGUCACACAAGAAGAGGAGCUUCCGGAAGUCAUUGGCAAGAAGUCCAAGAAAGAUAAAAAGAAGAAGAAGAACGCCAAGGCAUCCGUUCCUGAGACUAUAGCGGAACCUUCUCCUGCAGCAGAUACAGAACCAAGCGUCAACCCGUCGUCAGAUGAUGUGGGAUUUCCUGUUGGCCAAAACAGUGCCGAAAAUGCCAUUCCUGAUCAAGAAGCCGAAGCAAACAAGGACAAAGAUGCCAAGACAGAGUCUAAGGCUGAUUAUUUCAACCCCAAUGCUGUGCCCGACAACAAGCCAGAUCCUGCGACACACGAAAAUAUCACAUCCACACCUAAUGAGAAUACCGAGUUCAUGGGAAACGAAGACGCGAAAGAAAAGGCACAACCUGAGGCGGAGGUUGAAGACUGGGGUAUAUCUAGCAAAAAGUCCAAGAAGGAUAAGAAAAAGAAGAACAGCAAGGUCCCUGAGCCUCAGGUAGAGCCUUCUACCGUUACUGAUAUCGCUGCAGCUAAGCCAGAUGUCAACCCAGUCCUUGUGGAAGGGAAUCCCAUCGUCUCUCCAACCCCCGGGGUUGAUCCUGAUCCCGAGCAGCAAAAGAACCUCGAGGUCGAUGAGACUGAUAUAUGGGACGUCACAUCUAAGAAAUCGAAGAAGGACAAGAAGAAAAAGAAAGGCAACGCCAUCCUUGACUCGGAGGUGGUAGUGACCCCAACAACUUCUACAAACUCACCUUUGGAGGACGCCCAGCCUGUCAGUGUCACGGAUGGGAAUGAUCUCGCCGCGGCUGAAGCUACUCCUGCUGAAUCUCAAGGAGAGACACAGCCAGCAGAGUCGGCCGACCCUAAACCUGACUUGGGAGAACCCACGCAAGACCAGAAAAAAUCUCUCUCGGAGCCAGAACCAGAGCCAGCACCGACUGCGGAUGAUACUUCCCCGGCAGCCGCCAUCGAUGCUGGACCUGUCGACCUUGCAUCUGCGCCCGAGGUGACGGAGCAAACAUCAGCCGAGCCACCUAUGACGGAGCCCAGUGUCGACACACAAACUCAGGAACUUGAUGAGGUGGCUUUGCCAGCUAAGAAGUCCAAGAAAGACAAGAAGAAGAAGAAGGGACAGAAUCAGCCUACCGUUGAGGUAGUCUCAGAGAGUACUGCGCCUGCCGCACAUCUCGAGGAUUCGAUGGACUCAUCGCCACCAUUGACAUCGCCAAACCCUAGCGCGGUACAGUCUGAAACCAAGUCAAAAGAGGAAAAAAUGGAGACGGACAAGCCCAUUGAAGCCUCUCUCCUGGGAAAAGAUGAGGGCAGCCUUCUGCCAGACACCAGCGGACCGAGUAUUGACUUGCAGGAAGUCGCCCCGCAGCAAACUGUCUCCUCGGAGCCUAUUCCCGAGCAAGUUGUAUCAGGGGAGCAGGACCCCAAAGCUGCCGAACCUGCUGGGGCCGAUGAGCUUCCGGAAGUCGUGACUAAAAAGAGCAAAAAGUCAAAGAAGAAAAAGGGUGCGAACGUGAUAGAUUCAGAUUUGGCCUCAGGUCAUCUCACUUCGACCCAAGAUGCUAACGUCGAUGAGCAGCCCGAGGGGUCUGAUAGCAAAACAUCAAUUGAUGAUCCGUCGAUAAUCGCCCAAAGCACAAAUGAAGAGACUACUGAAGUCGCCCCCUCCACGUCAACUGCAGAAGAGUCUUCGAAAAAGUCCAAGCCUAAGAAAGCGCCAUCCAUCCCUUUGACAGACAUGGAAGAACCCAUUCGCGAGGUUAACAACGAGACAUCUAUUGUGAAAACAAUGACGGAAGAGGGCCCCACGGAGAACUUGGAAGAGGCUUCAAGGUCGAUGGAGAUAGUGCCUGCAAGUCAAGUCGAGGCGACAAAGGACGGCUACUUUGACAGAAAAUCUGGCGGUGCGAUUGAACAAUCCUUGCCAGAGUCUUCCGGGGAUCUUGAGAUUCAUCCUGCAGUUGCAAGCUUGUUGGGUCCCAAGGGCAAUGAGGCCGAGCAGCCUAUACCAACUUCGGCUCCGCCAGGAUUGUUCUUGAUGACACGAGAGGGUUCAGACGUGUUUCUUAAGGAUGGCCAUGUACCGAGGCUUCUCACUCAGUCUACAGACAGCCCCUUGACAAGCCCACAAGCACUGGGGAUUAGUGAAGACAAGUACACGCGUUCCAUGUCCACCGUGGGCAUCGAAGGUGGAGAUUCGAAGUCACAGCACGAGAGUGUGGCGAGCGAGUCGACUCUCAAAUCACUGACACAGAUCGACAAGGAGGGCGUCAGUUCCCAAACCCCCGACGUUGAAGAAUUCCCUGCGGCAGAGCCCGUCGCAAAAGAUGACGUGGUGAAAGCAUCAGUCGCCAGUGCAGUGGUCGGUGGGGGUGCAGCGGCUUUGGCAAGCAAGGUUGGAGCUUUGAGCAAAAAGUCAAAGAAGAAGAAGAAGACGCUCGACAAGAGAACGCAACAGAGCGAUGACUUGUUCGAUGAUCCAUCCUUGUGGGAGGGUACCGACAGGAAGCUGGUGGAGGGCUCGAGGGGCGAUCUCGACUCUGGGGAUUUUUGGGAAGUCCCUGACAGCAAGACGGAUGAGGUCGGAGCGGCGGAGGGAUCGGGGAUUGGGCUGGGUAUCAGUGAUCAGAAAGCCGUCGGGGUCGUGAAAGAUGAUGGAAAUGAGGAUACGGGUCACCUAGACAAGCCAAAAGAUGCCGAUACCGACGCCCAUGACGUUUGGGGCACAGAUGUCGGUGCACAGGAAGACGCGAGACGACUGAAACAUUCUCCGGGAACGGACGCACUCAAUAUCGACACAGGCUCGGAUCCCAGGACUUCGGAGCAGAGCAUCGUAUCAACGGAUGAGAACGGAAGAGGCGGGGGCAUUGCGCUACGGAAGGAAUUGGUGGAUAGUCCAAUGAUGGAGGAAAGCCCGAUCCUUGGUCGCGGAACAAACUGGAAGCAGGCACAAGAGAAAGAGGACUCGUCGGCUGAUCCUACGCCCAAAGCGACACCGGCGGGUCUUGAGGGGCGGGUUUUCUCACCGCCGCCCUCUUCAACCGACGCACCGGUCGUGGCUCAAUCACAUCAAGCGGGAAACGAUGAUGAAAAGUUUGGUUCUGGCCUGCAGGCGCAUUCCAUUGAAGGACCGGAGACUAGUAUGCCAUCUCCACGGUCGCCUCUGGGAUGGGACUCUGAUAAGGAUGCCACAGGCUCGCCCUACUUACACCAAGGCUCCGAUGCUGGAAUAUCACCCUCGCGAACGCUUCCGCCGGUACAGGAAGAGGAGGACGAAGGGGAAGUGUUAACGGCGGGCAGGCGUACGUCUCUAGACAAAGUAAACAGGGACAGCGGGUACUCGGCAGGAGAACCACCAGUCGAAGUGACCAGACGGCGCCCGCGCCUGGGUUGCUCUGAGAUGGGCCCACAGAGGGAUAGCGGCGUGCACCUGCGCGACUGGCCCGAGAGUGAUGGGUCACGGCUAAGCCCGUCUCCGACGCCAAGAGGGGGCCCGCCUGACGGAAACGAUGACACGGUGAAGACGCCGAACAAGGAUUUUUCAAGCAACAAGGGCACCAAGUCCGAGUCUUCGCCGCCGGAUGAGGGCCGUACCAGCCGCGCACUCUUCAACCCCAGCACGCCCAAGCUCGGCGAGCCGGAGCCACAGGCGCAGACACCAGAUCCCAGCAAGAAGAAGACGCUGAGUGGCAGCAGCAAAAAGCGAAGCACAUAUCAAGAGCUGGGGUCGGCAGCAAUUCCGCCAGCAAUUAUGCCGGCUUCGGCGGGUUACUCGCCCGUGGUGGAGAGAUCGUUGAGCUACGGUCACGAUCAAGGCCUGCCACGGCCUGCAUCCAACAUGAGCGCCACACGGCUGCGCGCCACGCCAGAGCCACUCAACUUUAGGCCUGACAGCCCAGGCAACAACAGUCUCCGCUCAUUCACAGCCACACCCCCGCUUCGGCGGGCCGAUAGGCGCGUUAGCGGCGAUCUACGGUCGCUGAGCCAACGAAGCAGCGUCAUUGGCCAAGCUCAAGACAAGCAAAAAGACAAGGAUCAGCACAGUAGUGGGGCAGCAACCGUAGCAGCUGUUGUAGGCGGUGUCGGUGUCGCUGCUGCUGCUGCCGCCUCGAGAAAUACUCAUCAUCACGAUGGUGCUGCCCAAAGCUCCACUCACGACACCACUCCCGUCGCCAACGAAGGCCGUGUCCGCGCCAAGGACAUGACCGACGUCUACGAUGGCUACGGCGAGGGCCGCAUCGGCUCACCGCGCUCCCCCACCCGACCCCAUAGCAUGCGUCGGCGGCAGAGCAUGCAAGUACUUGAACUAGAGAGCAGAGUCGAUCAAUUACUAGCCGAAAACCGCGCCCUGAACGAGGCCCGGGUUAAGGCAGAACAAUCGCUCUCGCAAAAGACGUCGAGCCUUCUCGCCGACCGCGACGAUCAAAUAGAUGCUCUCAAGCGAUCCGUUGAGUUCCUCAAUCAAGAGCUCUCCCGCCUUACCGAGGUCAAUGAAGGCCUCCACAGCGCCAUCUCCCAGACUGCCGUCCAGCACGAUGACCGCUAUCGCCAGCUCCAGUCACAACAUGACAGCACCAAACGCGAGUUGGAGCAGACCCGAAGCGUCAGCGGAGCCAGCGCCGGUGCUACACAGGCCCUUCUGGCCGACAAGGACGCCGAAAUAUCCAGGCUGCGUGCCGAACUAGAGGCCACCAAGGAGCGUGUGCGCGAACUCCAACGCCAGAAACUGGCCAACAGACCCGCCAAUGGCGACUUCCUCACUGUGCGCGACAUUGACUACUUCGACCACCGCUGCCAGGCCCUUUGCUCCCACGUACAACAGUGGGUUCUGCGCUUUUCCAAAUUCUCAGACAUGCGCGCCUGUCGCCUCACCAAUGAAAUCAAUGACGAAAAGAUCAUUGACCGCCUCGACAAUGCCCUUCUUGAUGGCUCCGAUGUCGACCAUUAUCUGCGCGACCGGGUCAAGCGCCGUGACGUCUUCAUGUCCAUGACAAUGUCUAUGAUAUGGGAGUUCGUCUUUACGCGUUACCUUUUCGGUAUGGACCGGGAGCAGCGUCAGAAGCUCAAAUCCCUCGAGAAGCUGCUCCUCGAGGUUGGCCCGCCCCAAGCCGUCCGUCAGUGGCGCGCCAUCACUCUGACCCUCCUGUCACGCCGCCCGGCCUUCCGUGACCAGAAGGAGCAGGACACCGAGGCUGUGGUACAGGCCGUACUGCAGACUCUCUCCAUGAUCCUUCCGCCGCCUUCCAACCUGGAGGACCAGAUUCAGUCACAACUUCGCCGUGUCGUUCGGGAGGCCGUCGACUUGUCUGUCGAAAUGCGUACCCAACGCGCCGAGUACGUAAUGCUACCACCCCUACAGCCCGAGUAUGACGCCAACGGCGACUUGGCCGCCACCGUUACUUUCAAUGCGGCCAUGAUGAACGAGCGAUCGUCCCCCAACAAUCCACCAAACUACAACGAGGAGCUCCAAGCCGAGGGUGCCACAGUUCGCAUCGUGCUCUUCCCCCUCGUUGUCAAGAAGGGCGAUGACAAUGGCGUUGGUGACGACGAAGUUGUCGUUCAUCCCGCCCAGGUCCUCGUUCCCAAGUCGUCGAGCUCCGGCAGACGUGGACGCAUGACCACGCCGAGCUCCGACGCCGGAGGUGUAAGCCUCUUGAUGUCCCGCGGCGGCGACACAGCCAGCCGGAGCAACAUUAGUAUGCAGGACGUCGGAAACAACCAGAGCACCAUUUAG